UUUCCAAUAUCACAUCUUGGAAGGGAACCAAAAAUGUCGACCACAGCUCAAAGGAUCAAGGACAUCGAAGAUGAAAUGAGCAGGACCCAAAAAAACAAAGCUACGGCUAAGCAUUUGGGCAUGCUUAAAGCCAAGCUUGCAAAACUGAAGCGCGAGCUCAUUACACCGACCGGUAGCGGCGGUGGUGGCGGUGGUGUCGGUUUCGAUGUUUCUCGUACCGGUAUUGGUACCGUUGGCUUUAUUGGAUUUCCCUCCGUCGGUAAAAGUACAUUGAUGAACCAGAUGACCGGUACUCGUAGUGAAGCGGCUGCUUAUGAGUUUACUACAUUAACGACAGUCCCUGGUGUCAUGCAGUAUAACGGUGCUAAAAUCCAAAUUCUUGACUUGCCUGGUAUUAUCGAGGGUGCCAAGGACGGCCGUGGUCGUGGUAAGCAAGUUAUUACGGUUGCUCGUACAUGCAACCUCAUUUUCAUUGUUUUGGAUGUCCUGAAGCCCAUGUCUCAUAAGCGCAUUAUUGAGGAAGAAUUAGAAGGUUUUGGCAUUCGCUUGAACAAGGAUCCUCCGAAUAUUGUUUUCAAGAAGAAGGAACGUGGUGGUAUUAACAUUACCAACACUGUCCCCCUCAAUCACAUUGAUCUGGACGAAAUCCGUGCCGUAUGCAGCGAAUACCGUGUCAAUUCAGCUGAUAUUGCCUUCCGUUGCGAUGCCACUAUUGAUGACUUGAUUGACGUCUUAGAAGGAAAUCGUUGCUAUAUUCCAGCAAUUUACAUCCUCAACAAGAUCGAUGAAAUUUCAUUGGAAGAAUUGGACUUGAUCGACCGUAUUCCUAACGCUGUUCCUAUCUGCGGUCACAAGGGUUGGAACAUUGACGAACUUAAGACAACAAUGUGGGACUAUCUAAACUUGGUUCGUAUUUACACUCGUCCUAGGGGCCUUGAUCCUGACUAUUCGGAACCUGUCAUUCUUCGUUCUGGUCACUCUAGUGUUGAAGAUUUCUGUAACAACAUUCACUCUAGUAUUAAGAGCCAAUUCAAGCACGCUUACGUUUGGGGUAAGAGUGUUCCUUAUCCCGGCAUGCGUGUUGGUCUUGCUCAUGUUUUGUUGGACGAAGAUGUCGUUACAAUUGUCAAAAAGUAAAACCGGACUAUCUCACAUUUUCGACUUCUUCCUCUGUCUUUUUCAGUUUACCUUUUCCUGUUCUCCCCUUUAUCAUUUCUUGAGUCGUAUAUUUAAGUAAAAAGAAAAAAGCGUUUUUGUUUGGCACAAAAAAUUUUCAACAUGUUAUUAUUCACAACUGGUGGUGUUUUUUUAUAUAGGGUUUAAUGUAUUUCAAACAUCUUUUAACUAUUAUCCUUGUGUAUAUAUAUUUUAAGUUCUAUUCAAGCAAUAUAUGCUAUUCACACAUACUCCAAUGUAAAAUGGUUUAUC